AGUUCCUGUGGAAGGUGAACAGUAGCAGAGGUGUGAAAGACCUUCCCCCAGGGAGCUUCACUACCAGGGGCACCACUAGCACGCUGGUGUACCGCCCACACGCCCACACCCACGCCCAUGACCAGUACGGCAUCAUCUUCUGUCUCAGUCGUAACAGGUUGGGCAGCCAGAGAGCCCCUUGUGUGUUCUUCAUUACUCCGGCAGGACCUCCUGAAGAACCUAGUUCCUGUUCCAUGGUGAAUCAGAGCGUCACCUCCCUGGCUAUCUCCUGUACGCCUGGGCACGACGGUGGUCUCAAGCAACACUUUGUUACAACGGUUCGAGACGCAGCUACGCAGGAGGUCGUGGCCAACGUCUCGUCAGCCAAGCCUACCUUCGUGGUUGGGGGGCUGGCCCCAGGGCGCGACUACCUCCUGCUGGUGACGGCUGUUAACCUUAAGGGCAGUUCCACCCCUUACGUCAUUCAGGACUUCGCUCUCAAAGUGGCUGAGAAUAAAAUCAACGACUCAAGCUCCACUGAGUCUUCCCCGCUGCUGGCUGUGUUCGUGGGUGUGGUGAGUGGCUUCGUCUUCAUCCUGACGGUGUUGGCGGUGGCCACGCGGUCCCGAUGCCGGCGCCAGCGCGGGGAUCUGGACGAGGGCGUCGACAAUAACAAAUUGAGAGUCGAGGACGAAGUCCCUCCUUCGCCGUCAACCAAGGCCUCGCUAGACGAAGCCGAAGACGCGGACGACGAACUGAACACGCCGGAAUCUAGGGACGGAUCACUCGAGACUCAGGAACUGUGUGCGCAG